AGACGGGGACCCCGGCGAGGACGCGAUCCGGGCGUCGGCGGGGUGGGUGCAGCGCCCGGGACUCCUGGACCCAGGGCGGGGUGAUCUCGGUUCGCGCGCAUUCCCGGGCCCUGAGAGCGGCGCCCGGAAUAGCAGCCCCGGGACAGGGCGGGCGGUCAGUCCCCGCGCCGCGCCUCCGCCCGAGCGCGCCAAGGUCACCGGGACCGGGCGCUGCACGGCAGCCGGCGACUGGGGGCCCUGCGCUCGCGCGCGCCGGGCAUUCCCCUGCCGCAGAUCCGCUCCCGCCGCGCGAGGGCGCCCGGGGCCGCCGCCCCGCCUGACCCCGGCCUGGGCGCGCCCGCGGAGGCCGCGGUGGGAGGGACCGUCCCAGGCUCCCCGCGCCCGGCACCCGGGGCCCCGCCGCUUCCGCCCGCCCUGAGGCCGCUCAGGGAGCCGGGACGCGCUGCCUGGGCUCUGCGAAGCCGGCCGGGGUCACGAGGAGGGUGUGGAUGGCAAGUGACUUCAUCCCUACCCCGACAGAUGGAGAAACUAAGGCUGAGAGAGGCCAUCAGCCUCCUCCCCUUCCCUCCACGGCCGCCCCGGCGCUCAGUCCCACCCCCUCCACCGAUGAGGCCAUGAGGCGCCGACUGGACCCGGGCCAGGUCACCCCUUUCUGCCACACCCCCAAUCCGGAGGACUCCCUGAUCUCUGGGAGCUGAGGGAGCCCUGGGCCCGGGGUGCAGCUGGGGGCCUCUGCCAGGGACCCAACUCCUGACCCAGCCCCUGCCGGCCACACCCUCUGCAGGGUCUCACAGAAUCAUGGACUGAGUCCGCCCGGCCCCUACUGCACAGAUGGGGAAACUGAGGCCUGAAAGCGUGGAGUGGCUGGCUUCGGGCCACGCAGAAAGGUCCCGCGUCUUCCAGAACCUCCCGCUCUUCCUGUGGGCUCUGCUGAACUGUGCUUUGGGGCUCAGUGCUCAGGGUCCGGGCGAGUGGACCCCGUGGGUGUCCUGGACCCGCUGCUCCAGCUCCUGCGGGCGGGGCGUAUCUGUGCGCAGCCGGCGCUGCCUGCGGCUUCCUGGGGAACAGCCGUGCUGGGGAGAUUCCCACGAGUACCGCCUCUGCCAACUGCCGGACUGCCCCCCGGGGGCUGUGCCUUUCCGAGACCUACAGUGUGCCCUGUACAAUGACCGCCCUGUCCUGGGCACCCAGAGAACUUACCAGUGGGUGCCCUUCUAUGGGGCUCCCAGCCAGUGUGACCUCAACUGCCUGGCCGAAGGGCACACCUUCUACCACAGCUUCGGCCGCGUCCUGGAUGGCACCGCCUGCAGCCCUGGUGCCCAUGGGGUUUGCGUGGCUGGCCGCUGCCUGAGCGCCGGCUGUGAUGGGCUGCUGGGCUCCGGCGCCCUGGAGGACCGCUGUGGCCGCUGCGGAGGCGCCAACGACUCGUGCCUAUUCGUGCAGCGCGUGUUUCGCGAUGCCGGUGCCUUCGCUGGGUACUGGAACGUGACCCUGAUCCCCGAGGGCGCAAGGCACAUCCGCGUGGCGCACCGGAGCCGCAACCACCUGGCGCUGAUGGGGGGCGAUGGGCGCUACGUCCUCAACGGGGACUGGGCAGUCAGCCCGCCCGGGACCUACGAGGCGGCCGGCACGCAUGUGGUCUACACUCGCGACCCAGGGCCCGAGGAGACGUUGCGCGCAGCCGGGCCCACCUCCGCCGACCUGCUCCUGCAGGUCCUCCUGCAGGAGCCCAACCCGGGCAUCGAGUUUGAGUUCUGGCUCCCCCGGGAACGCUACAGCCCCUUCCAGGCUCGGGCGCAGGCCCUGGGCUGGCCCCUGCGGCAGCCGCAGCCCCGGGAGGUGGAACCACAGCCCCCCGCAGCCCCCGCUGUCUCCCCUGCACAGACCCCACCCCUGACCCCAGGCCCGCGUGCUGGGCCGCCACCGCCAGGCCCAGGAGACCCGCUACGAGGUGCGUAUCCAGCUCGUCUACAAGAACCGCACGCCACUGCGGGCCCACGAGUACGUGUGGGCACCGGGCCGCUGCCCCUGCCCGCUGCUGGCACCCCACCGGGACUACCUGCUGGCUGUCCAGCGCCUCGUCAGCCCCGAUGGCACGCAGGACCGGCUGCUGCUGCCCCACGCCGGCUAUGCCCGGCCCUGGAGCCCUGCCGAGGACAGCCGCAUACGCCUGACUGCCCUGCGCUGUCCCGUCUGAUCCGCCGGGAACCCUGGCUACACACGGCAAGAAACAUACAUCUGACCAGGCUCAAAGUCAACGUAUUUCCCCUGUCACCCUGGCUUCCAGGCAGCUCUGAAAUGUGUCCCACCUGCAGCUCUGUGACUCCCUCUCACACACAGACACCUCUGCAUGCAGUCACAUUCACUGUCACAAGCCAGCAGGCACUGGUGAGGAAACACUGAGGAGGCGCUGACUUAUUUCACCUCUCUCCCUGGCUGCCAGGAAGCUCAUAGCUAUUUAUACUCAGAAAGUUGUUUUUUGUUGUUGUUUUGUUUUUUAAAUAUGGAACGCUUCACAAA